AUGCGUGUUUCAUUCUCCUUCCUAGCACUCCUCGGCGCAUCACUUGCCACAACGACCUCGACCACGAUCACGACAACUACUGUCUCAUCGAGGUCGUUUUCCGAGACGGCGACGGCGACAUUGCCCUUGACAACAGCCAGUACGACAGGAGCUCCCACGACUACUACUGCAGCAGCAACAACCGCCACCACUACGAGUGCGCCAGACUGCCACUGCACGGCCUGGUCCCAAAUUGCCGCCGCCCAAUCAUUAUGUCCACAUCUCACCCUAGACAAUAUCGCGGUCCCCAGCGCUAAAGGGUUGUCUUUGACUAACCUCCAAGUCGGUGCUACUGUGACCUUCAUAGGAAACACCAGCUUCGAGUAUACGCCGAGAUCAGGGUACAAAAUGGUUCAAAUUUCGGGGAACAAUGUGGUCAUCAAGGGCGCCCCGGGGAGCUUCUUCGACGGAGGUGGUCCCCUCUACUGGGACGGUCUUGGAAACAACGGUGGUGGCCAAAAACCCGGAAUUUUCAUGAAACUUAGCCUUAAGAACGAAUCCCUGGUGACGGACCUAUACGUUCUCAACACCCCUACACACGCCAUCGAUGUCGACGGCGUCUACGACUCAACCAUCCAGCGGAUGAUCGUCAAUAACUCACUGGGAGAUGCCCCCAAUGCCAUCAGUAACGGCCUUUCGGCUGGCCACAACACCGACGCCUUCGACGUUGGCAAUGUGGAGAACUUGCUCAUGCAAGACAUCCAAGUGUGGAACCAGGAUGACUGCGUUGCCUUGUCCGUCUCCAACAACGUCACCUUCCGGAAUUUCUACUGUUCGGGCAGCCACGGCCUCUCUAUUGCCGGGGGAGGAAGUGGACCGGGCAAUAAUGUCACCAAUGUUCUUUUCACCGACUCGGUCGUCACCAACUCAUCCUACGGCCUGCGCAUCAAAACAGACUAUAACGCGACGGGCAGCGUGGUCAACGUCACCUACUCCAACAUUUUUGUGUCCAAAAUCAAGACCCAGGGUAUCGAUAUCGAGCAGGACUACCUCAACGGCGGGCCCAACGGCCUGCCAACGAAUGGUGUCGCGGUGCAUAACAUCACUUACAGGAACGUUACGGGCUGGGUGGCCGAGGGAGCUGCGGAUUACUAUGUCCUCUGCGGAGUGGGCAGUUGUAAAAAUUUCAAGUACGAGCAUGUGAGGAUCACGGGCGGCACGGUCGAGAGUAGUUGCAAUUAUCCAUGGAGCGGAUGUCCGGGGCCGUAG